AUGCCUCGUAUUGAGCACACAUCCAAUCGUGGCUCCUUGUCUGGGAGAGAUGCACAAAAUCUUGACAAAUGGCUUGUUGCUCCCCAAGCUAAGCUUUGUUACCAUGUGUCCCUCGGCACCAUAGACCCUAUUCUAGGAUCCUCUCACAAUACACCAUCAUGGUUCUUAUCAUUUCAAAGGGACUUCUCUAGUUUCUCAUCUGAAGUGCGCACUGGACUUCAAAAUAUUAAAGAAAAAGUUACAUCCCUUGAUCAGCGCAUCACUCACAUUGAGAAGUAUCAGGCUAGAUCUUCUAGGGGAAGUGAUCCUAUGGAUAUUAGCUCCGCCCCCCAAAGUGAGGAUGAUGGUUCUGAUGAAGAAACUGAGGACACUGAAGAAGGUUCUGCAAAAGAAGGCAGCCAGGAGAAAGAAGUAGGAACUAAAGAAGAAGGAAGCCAAGAAGAAGAAGAAGAAGACGAAGGACAAGGAGACAGCUCUGAAGAAGAAGGAUAG